AUGAGCUUGAAAGAAGUAUUCGAACAACAUCCAUGGAGGUCAUUUAAGAAGUUCAAUGAAGCUGCAAAGAGUUGGGGAUUUACUAACAGAGCUGAAGUGAAAAGGUUCUUUGACAAAAAUGUUGUACAUCAAACAAAAAUAAACCCUUACGACUACUUUUUACCAAUUUACUCCAACACUCCUGACGCAUACCAAUUUGACACUCUCAUUCAAAGCAGAAAAGGAGGACAUAAACCAUUCCUCAUCUUCAUUAAUGUUAACACUCGUAAAGCAUAUGCAUAUCCAAUGAAAAAUAAAGGAACUCAUGAAGUUUUAAGAGUUUUACAAAAGUUUGUAGCAGAACAUAGCCCAAGUACUUUAACAUCAGACCAAGACAGUGCAUACCUCAGCAAUGAAAUCACAGAUUUUCUCAUUAAGCAUAACAUAACUCACUACACUA